CUCCGUCACUCCCUGUUUCCCGGUGACGUCAUGAUACUGGGCCGCAUUUUGCUGAAACCAUAGGAAUGCGACGGACUUUAUAUCACAACCCAGCAGCCGCAACACUUAAUCUGACGGUAUUAUUCAUUCCCAGGUCUUCGCCGUCAACUUCGAGCAUCCAUUUGGGCUGUUCAGGACACGCAGCGACGCCUCCAACGGUUUUAUUGAGUUUAAUUUCGUCGCGGAAAUAACUUUUGUUGGCUGGAGUCUCUGUUUGCCUCGUCGAGAGCUGUGUCGCUUCCCCGUGUCCGACAUGACAUCAGGUGGAUUGUUGUAUCGCUGUACCUGUGAUUAACGUCUGAUGCUCGGCUGCAGCCACCACAGCCGCUGUCAUGUUCACCAAGAAGAAGAAGUCUCGUAUCCAGAUCUCGGCUCCGUCUAACUUUGAGCACCGCGUGCACACUGACUUCGACGAGCAGGAGCAGAAAUUCGUGGGGUUGCCGCGGCAAUGGCAGUCGCUCAUCGAGGACACAGCCAAGAGGCCCAAGCCCUUCAUCGACGCCACUGUCAUCACCACCGUAGAACCACGCAAGACCAUCGUACGUGGCAGCAAGCUGGGGGUGGACGGCUCUCUGACAUGGCUGCUGGAUGAGUUUGACACCAUGUCUGUGACGCGCUCAAACUCCCUCCGACGAGGCAGCCCUCCAAUCCAGCCUCGCCGGGAUUCAGGAUCCUCAGGAGGAGGAGGAGGAGGAGGGCAGGAAAAUGGAGACCCUCACCACAGACACUACGCACACUCCGACAGACCAGACAGAGACCGGCCUAGACCGGACCAUCAGGGCGGAGGUGACCCCCGCCAGGGUCAGCGUGCACUCCGUCCUCCACACAGGGAUGACGGCGUCCAAGGUCGCCCUCACCAGCAGCCGCGGGGCCAAGAGCCUAGCAGGGCCCACCGGGACAGGCCAGGCUCUGGUCCUCCCCCUCCCCCCCACAGAGACAGAGAGCCUCGAGACCAACACCAGGACCAGGUCGUUCGCCGAGAGCAGCCCAGUGACCACAGGCCCAAGUCCAGCUACACAGGCAGGGAUGGCAGUCCACAGUCUCCCCGGGACAAGAGGCCGCUAUCCGGCCCCAACAUCCGAACCCCCAACCUCCCCGUGACAGAGGGGGUGAUGAAGACAGCUCAGCAGACCACACGGCCUUUCAACACUUACCCCAGGACGGACAGCGAGGGGGGACGCAGCCCCACGGGACAGCCCGGUCAACACCACGACUCCCCGCCUCACAACGGCCCCUCCAGCGGCUCCACCAGAGGUUCCUCUGGCUCCAAGCCCCCCAUAACCCACCCGAAACCCCACCACACCUCCCAUCCUGCCCUAGGCCCCGAUGGCACCCAGCACCCCCACACCCCUCAUCCCAAUGUCCCGGCACCACGGCCCCCGGGCCCUCCUGGUCCCCCAAGCUCUGGUCCCGCCUCACAGGCCCGCUCCCCACAGCGGGAGCCGCAGAGAGUUUCCCACGAGCAGUUCAGAGCAGCGCUGCAGAUGGUGGUGGACCCCGGAGACCCACGCACCUACCUGGACCACUACAUUAAAAUAGGGGAGGGGUCGACCGGGAUCGUGUGCAUCGCCACAGUGAAAACCACCGGCAAGCUGGUGGCUGUGAAGAAGAUGGAUCUGAGGAAGCAGCAGCGCAGGGAGCUCCUCUUCAAUGAGGUGGUCAUCAUGCGGGACUAUCACCAUGACAACGUGGUGGAGAUGUACAACAGCUACCUGGUGGGAGACGAGCUCUGGGUCGUCAUGGAGUUCCUGGAGGGAGGAGCGCUCACUGACAUCGUGACGCACACCAGGAUGAAUGAGGAGCAGAUUGCCACCGUGUGCCUGUCUGUCCUGAAGGCUCUGUCCGUCCUCCACACGCAGGGUGUGAUCCACCGAGACAUCAAGAGCGACUCCAUCCUCCUCACCCAGGACGGCAGGGUGAAGCUGUCAGACUUCGGGUUUUGUGCCCAGGUGUCCAAGGAGGUCCAGAGGAGGAAGUCUUUGGUCGGGACGCCAUACUGGAUGGCACCAGAGCUCAUAUCCAGAUUGCCGUACGGACCGGAGGUGGAUAUCUGGUCCCUGGGUGUCAUGGUGAUAGAGAUGGUGGACGGGGAGCCGCCGUACUUCAACGAGCCACCACUCAAAGCCAUGAAGAUGAUCCGGGACAACCUGCCGCCCAAACUCAAGAACCUGCACAAGGUGUCUCCUCUCCUGAAGGGCUUCCUGGACAGGAUGCUGGUGCGGGACCCCGCCCAGCGCGCCACCGCGAGCGAGCUGCUCAAACACCCCUUCCUGACCAAGGCAGGACCGCCCUCCUGCAUCGUCCCGCUGAUGAGGCAGAACAGGAUGAGAUGAGACGAAAAGCAACGAAGGACGCCCGGACACUAGGGGGAGGUGGCGAGUCGGGUUCAGGCAGUACAGAGUACUCCUGCACACGAGCGUUUGGGACGCCACGGAUUCACGUAUGUGUGUGUCGGAGUAAACUGUGUGUGCAGGGGUUUUCUGUUUCCUACGUGAAUCACUGAACAGCGGGGAGUGUGUUCCCUCCAUGAGAGGCAAUAGGGCGGGGUGUGUGUGUGUGUGUGUGUGUGUGUGUGAGAGAGAGAGAGAGAGACAGAGAGAGAAAGAUAGAGUGAACACUGUUAAUAACUGUGUUUGAUGAACCCUCGACCCCAAAGCUCAUAUAUUUGGUGUGAGCUCUCACUUGGAGCCAUGGGUAGGAGAGGUGACAGAGAAGCCACUGCCUGCCUGUCCGACUGAUUUUAACUGGUCAACCAUUUGUUUUUGUUUUUAUUUUCUCAUUUUUUAAAAUGAAAGCCCUGUCCUGGAAAGAAAAAGGACUAUCAAUAUUAUACUUUUCAUGUGGACCUCACCUGGAUUUUUAAGCGUGAAGAAGGGUUUCUGUGCUUUAAUGGAGCCAAGAGCCGAUUGGCCGACAUUUUUUAAAAAGACGAAGCGACGCGUUGAGUCUCACUAUCGGACAGUCUGGAAAACCGAAUUUCCUCACUACAAAGACUCGGUGCAGCACCAGAUCCCAAACUGAAACACUAUCCCUGAUCACAACCAGAACUUUACUACUGAAGGAGGACGUCUUUUGUCUCACAAACGAGUCAGAGGGGACUUUCUUUUUUUUCCUUUCUUUUUUCUUUUUUUUUUUUUUUUGUAGCCAUACAAAUACUAGCUUCCUGUUGUAAACAAGCAAACGUACACUAAGACAAAAAAGUAAACACUGGAGUUGUGUUUUUUUAUUUUUUUUUAUUUUAAUAGAUGAUUUUUUUUCUCUUUUAUUUCCUCUUAUAUUUUCCUGUGUAAGUACGAUGAACAUAGAGAGAGAUAUAUCAGUUUUGAUGUUGUUUAUUAUCUCUAUUUUGUGAUUUUUAUUAUAAUAUUUUUUUUCCUGGUUUAUUCUUCAGUGAGAUGUGAUGAUUUUUUUUAAGCACUGUUGGUGAUAGAUAGAAGCUGCACUCCCAGUCGAUUCCAAAAUACAGAAAACAAACUACACAUCAGAGUUAUUUACCAACCAGAGGAGACUUCUGACCUUUUAACCUGUGUUGAUAUUUUAGUGUAUCGUUGUCAAGACAUCACUGAGACAGGCAGGAGGAUUUUUACAGGGACGCAACCAGCACAAAAAAGCAGAGGGAAAACAAUUAAGAAAUAUCCUCCGCUUAGAAAUGAAGUUCAGAGUCUAGAAACGUGGAUAUUUUUUUUUCCUCCCUGUUUUAGCCGUUUUGUUUGUUCAUUUUUUAGUGGCUGUCUUUACCAGAGCAUCUUCAGAAGGAGAGAACACUUUCUGUGACUUUCACUGUAAUCAAUUCACUGUUUCAGACUUCAGAAGGUUGUGGUUCAUCUGACCUAGAAAAACACAUUUACCACUUUCUUUACAGCAGUUCAGUUUGUUGUUUUCUUCGGUGUAACUUGUGUUCACUCUCCUCCAACAAAGACAACAAGACAAAAUCCUGUAGCUCACAUCGGUGACCAGCCAGCAGCGCUUUGUUGAGGACAGCUCACACUGUGUGUGUGUUUGUGUGUGUCCCAGUUUGAUUUACACAGCUUGUAGCCCGAACAUGCUCUCAGCGAUUUGAAAAGAGCGAGUGCUUGGCCUUUGUCAUCCGACAUUUGAUAUAUAAAGGCUGAAUGUAGCUUUAUUCACCUCAGUUGGAAGCGGCAGACUGUUACAGAGAGACUGUUAGUUUGGACGCUAAAAUGACUUUGACUUCCUCCACGUUGAACUCCUCUUUCUCCUCUCAGUAGCAUUUCCUUUGGACCUCGUUUGUACAUGUGUGCAGUUGUAGAUCUGGGACUGUGUGUGUGUGUGUGUGUGUGUGUGUGUGUGUGUGUGUGUGUGUGCGUGUUGUCCGCACGUGUAUACAUUCUCUGAAUGCAGAACAGCGCCUUAGACGGAUAGUUUCAGUGUUUGUAAACACUAGCAUGUAAAUCCACUGAAAAGCAGCUGCCACUACUACACACACACACACACCUACACACACACACACACUUAACUCAAACAAGCACGUGCACACCUCCUAUGCACCAAUGAGCUGAAACUCUCAAGUUUGGUAUCGGCAUCUUAGUCAUGCUGCUCUGUGAUGUUAUGAGACUUGGUUAGUUGGUCGUUGGUGCGAACUAGAAAACAUUGAGACAAAAAAAAAAAAAAAAAAACUGUUAACACUGAAUAAUCCUGACACAUCCAUUUACAUCACUCUGAUCACCUAAAUUUGAAGUGAAAUCAUCUGUCUUUAAGUCAGGCUCAUCAGUGAUCCCGCAAGCCUAUACUCUGAGAAGAGUUUCACAGGUACUGAUAACAACAAAAUAUUAAUCUAAUGGCAAAAAUCACAGAUCCAGAUCACCAAAAUCUAAUCAUCUGUCCAGUAAAUGUCUUUGAAAAAAAUCUUUUUGAGAUAUUCUGCUGACAGACAGACAGACAAACAGUGAAAACAUAACCUGGCCAGAGGUAGUAACUGUCAGCAGCCGUUUUAAUCUGUGGGGAGUGCCAGUUGGGUGGAGUUUACCACAUCAGAACAAAUCAGAUACCACAAAAUAAGAUGGUACUUAUAGGUCAAAAUGCUGCCGCAGGGUUUUUGCAACCCCUGUGUAGCUCAUAGAGGCUGUCGCCAAAACAAGUGCACAUCUCCAGAAAUGUAACGGCACCGAGAGCUGUGAUUGGUCCACUACGACACUGCCUUGUGCUGCUUUUCUGUAAAUUUCUUCUGAGAGAAGAAAACAUGAUACCGGUUGUUGUCUCUCUUCAACCGUCUGGAACUGAGGAAGUUUGCCAAUCUGUUUUGAUGUUGCCGAUUUAUUCAAACUGUAAGAUAUCACUCAAUUCAUGGGGAGAAACAUCCCAAAACAUCACUUUGGACACUGCCACGUGUGUCCAAGAGUGAACAUUCUCCAUUUCAGAGAAAGUAAAUACGUUUUUUUUUUUUUUUUUUUUUUUUUAGCUUGAUUGGUGCAGAAUCAGUCAAAUGCUGACUGCUGUCCAGUGUUUCAGCAAUAGCUCGUCUGAAAUCCUCUACUGUGGUCAUCUCAUGUGCCACCAGCCACUCAGGUGGCAGCUCCAUCGGCUGAAGGAAACCAUAGAAAGAGCCUUGCUUUGAGAGUGCAGCUCAGGUCUGUUUUUUUUAAGCUCGCCUCCGCCUCCGUGUUUGUCAGGCUGGAAAAAACGAGGCUCUGUUAUCACCGGGCAUCUCGUGCAGCCACAGCAGGAACGCACACAGGCAUUUAUACAGGAGAUGAAAGAGAAAGGCAAGGCUGUUGCUCUUCAGUAAUUCACUCCUCUCAAGGCAAUAAAAGACACACACACAAACACACAACACACAGAGCUACAGUUUCUGUUCCCUCCAGUUCAGCUCUUUUCCUCAUCAGACCUGAGUCAAGCAGCGUCUGCAGCACCAGAUGCAUGGGGGGCAAGUUUAGCUCAACUCAGGGAAAGUAUUUUGAAAUCGAUAUCAGUCGACUUUUUGAGAUCGACAGCUCACCUGACACUUACCUGAGGGUUUCCACAGGCCACGUAAAUCCUUGUAAUUCAGGGUCAUAGGAUCAACUCUUCAAAUCUUGAGGAAAACCCUGUAAUGGAGAUUUGCUCAUGUGUUCAAAUGGGUUUCACCAGGAUGUCUUCACUUGGCAAUAUCAUGAUUUUUGAAAAAAGGGCCUGUGAUUUCCAAUUUGAAGUCCAAGUGACUGUGGGAACCCUGAAAGAACGCCAUCCAUCUGGUGCUCGAUGCAGAUCGAAACCAAACCAGCCAGCAAAUCAUUUCCUCAUGCUGCUCCACAUCAGGGCUCUUUUCUUUAGCAGUGUUUGCAAGAAAAGCGAAAAUCGGAAAUGAAACAUGCAAGAACCCGGAGGUAUUGUGAUUGCAGCUCAUUUAAAGGACUAGCACUUUUCUGUCCGCUCUCUGUAGCCGUACACACACUGAGCAGCCAUGCCAUCGUGUUCUUCAUGUGCAGCCAAAGACUGUGAGGCCUUGGCCCUCAGCAGCAGCACAGAGACUCAGAUCCUGACGUUAUUCCAGGCAGUGUGACUGGUCAGAUGUGUUUUCCAGCAGCGCUCACACUUCCCUGCUGCUUUAGGGAAACUGAGGUGAGCUGGUAGCCUGGUUUUAGUGACGUGUAACCACACUAAUUGGAAGUAAACAUUUUUGGCCGGCGAACACAUCCUGCUGGCUGCUUUGUAAUGCUUUUAAGGCACUGAAAGCAGUGAAGGGGAAUCAAUGCUUACAGUACAUUACUGCUGCACACACUUUUAUCUUUCAUUCAGAGAAACAGACAAAGAGGAAAAGUUUAGAGCUGAUAGGAGCAUAGACACUUUGUGUGCAGAUCUCACUGUCCCAAUGCACUAUCACCAUCCAGGUCUCCUCAUUUUUUAACACUAAAAGGCAGACUUUCCAGUUUUUUUUAGUGGAGUGUGCACCUCUUUGUUUACUAAUGCAAAGGAUGCAUUUGUGAAUUUGAGGAAGGAUAAAACCCCUCAGGUUCAUAAUCUGAGCUUUGACAACUGAAAUGUCUCCCAGUGUUUUGGUAUCACAUGAUGAAAAUGUUUUUUUAAAAGAUGAGCAAAAGGCCCUGUGCUAUACUCAUCAGGCAUGUAUAGGUUGAGUUCUUUGAGAACUGAUUAACAUUCAUUAUCUUUUUAGCACAUCAUAAAGUGGCACGCCUCUUUGAAACUACGUACUUGAGUGUUGAAUGUUACGCAGAUCAAAACAGCCGGUGGGCGUUUUGUGCGUGGAAAACACGACAUUUUCAGCGAGAUCAGCUUUGUAACUGGGCUUUUUUCGUGGGCAUCUUUAACAUUUAGCUGUGAUGUUUGUGUGUGUUCAGUCUGUCGCCCUCCUUUGUAAAACCUUUAUUCAAAGACACGAUGGACUGAAUGACAAUCAGGAAGAGAUGUCAGUUUUCGCCUGUGAAGUCUCUAAAUCAGACACUUAGAGUUACCGAGUGAUUCCUCAUAAGUGAAAUAUCAAAUCUAUUUUAAUCGUUACCUUUGAAUCUUUUUUUCUGCACAUGUUCUCGAUCAUUUAUUUAAUGUUUUUAACUGACGGCACAUACUUUGUAUAUCAUAUUUUUAAUCGAGAGGAUCAACGAUUUGUAGAUUUAAUCGUCAGGGUGACACCUUCAAAUCAAGACAUAAGCUGGUGAAAUCGUAUCUGUGGCUGGAAAAUGAGUCUUAAAAACUCAAGUUGGCUGGAGAACGGAGGAAGUAGCUGGUUAAUUGCUGGAUUUGCACACCACUGUGGUGUGUUGACUCCCUUUUUUCAAAUCUUUUGUCCCACUUAUUCCUCCAGGUAUAAACCAUCAGUUUUGCUCAUGAUGAAAACUUCCUUCUUUUGUGUCCAGCUGAUGAUUUUCCUUCCUAAAUGCCUUCCAGUUAAAGAAAAGAAAAAAAAAAGAUCUUUAAUGAAUUUCUUUGUAUUUUAAGAUUUUUGUGACAGGCAUCUCUCUCUUCAUCUCAAUGUGAAAGUGAAAAAAACGUGUUUGUUCUCUCUGCUGGUGGACCAACAUUUGAGUAAUUCAGACGAUAACUGGGUUUGUUAGGGACCUGGUUCUGAAAUAAUUUACACUACCCUGUGUGUGUGUGUGUGUCUGUGUGUCUGGUGGGUGUGUGUUUACCUACAUGAGUCCAUGCCUUAACACGUGCAGUAGCUGCUUGACGGAUACUGAUUCCAAAUCGACUCUACAGGGCAAACAGACGAGUAGCUCCCAUGACGCUCCUGUCUUCUCCUGCAGACCUGAAAUUCCUGUUCUGAGGUUAGUCUCGCUCGUCUGAGAAGUCUUGAGGAGUGCUGUUUUUUUUUUUUUGUUUGUUUUUUUUUGCAUGUCACCUGCUUUGCCAAUUGGUGGUUCUGCUUUUUGGCAAUGCAUUUAAGUGACAAGCCUCACCGGAGCUUCCUCAGGGUUUAUCAGAUGGCUGAGAAAGGGCCUCGUCUGGUGGGGUAUUCUUUUUUUUUUUCAAGAAGCAAAUUCCCCCAGGUUUCCCUUACUUGCCAGGCAGUGAACGGAAAAAACAUGGUCAUUCCCAGGCCUUGAGAAGUUUGCAAGUUGCACAGUAUGUCAUUGAAAAGCCUGGAAAUCAUUGUUCAUUGUGCUCGACUCCUCGGCAUCUUGCAUAAUCUUGCAUGUUCUGGCUUUUGUUGUGCUGUGAAGAAGAAUAAUGUCACUGUCAAGGUGAAACCCCCUUAUCAGCAAAAUGUCAAAUGUCAGCUUUUCUUUGCUUUUUUCUUUUAAGAUUGACCACAAGAUAUUUCAUGAGUUAAUGUUGACGUAUUUUGGAAGGGUUUUGAUGAUGAUCUCAGCCCUCAGAGGAACAUGGAGACCUUCAGCUGAAAGAGCAAAAAACUGAAAAGCUGUGAGGUUUUCACACGACUGUUUAUCCUCAUGUGGCCCUGCAAAGACAGACGGCAGGAGCUGCUUUUUGUGUGAUUUCCAGAUCAAAGGAAAUGAGGAGGUAUUUAGGUUUCAUAUCAGUUUAAUGACACCCACCAGCGGCACUCACACCUAACCAGUCCACCUGAGUACCAAGCAUCAGCCCACUUGUUUGGCUGCAGGGCAGGGCAGUGACGGCUGGACAUAGGAACCUUCAAAUGAAAUGUAAAAAAAAAAAAAAAAAAGAAAGGGGAACGCCACUCGUUUUAAGAAUUGUCAGGACAGUUUGUUGCAUGUUUGUGAACCCACAGACUCUGGAACCAUAACAUGCAAAGUCAAGUUUAUACUCCAGAUAUAAACCAGAACUUAAACUUCAUUUGGGUGCAAGAUAGAGUAAAAUGUCCUUAAAUCUUAAAUGGGUGGCAUGCCCCACCUUUUUUUUUCCUCCUUUUUUAAGGUUUGGAAAAGUCCGGAAUUUUCAAAUCCCUGUUCAGCCCAAUUUUUUUUAACCUCUUUUUUGAAUAAUAUGUGAAAUUUCAGUGACCCGACUGUCUGACUAUGGAAAACAGUUUUAUGUAUUUUAUUUCAUGAUAUGUUUCAUUGGGGUUUUCAAACUUUGUCAUCCAGGAAAGGCUUUCAUUGAACGUCCAUGCUGCUUUUUUGUUUUGUUUUGUUUUUUUAAACAGCACACAGCAACAUUCACACACAUUGACGCACGUUCAGACCAGAGUGUGUCCACUGCAGUGGCACAGUUCAGGCUGGAGUGCCUCCCACAGCAGCACCUGGACACAAGCUGUUGAGGAUUUCCUGGCUAGGUGAGACAUUUUGCUUCUUGGAAAAAAAAAAAAAAGAAAGAAAACAAAAACCCUGCAGGACUUACCGCUGGUUUCAAAGAAAAAAAAAACGAAGAAAAAAAAAAAAACAGUGGUUUGUGAGGUUUCUGGUUUCAGGACGUUCCCUCUGAUAGGCACUGUGACCACUACUGACCGACCAGCCUAACUCUGAAAAUAUGUGAAAAAAAAAAUCAGAAAGCAAAUGAAUUCUUCCUGGAAGGGACUGUUGUGGUUUCCAGUCUCUUCCUCUUCCUCUUGUAUAGUUUCUGAUUGUGUCGAUCUGUUGCAGUAUUGACAGACUUUAUUGAGACGUUCAUUUCCAACAACCACACCACACAGCAUUUUCUCUGUUUUUGUAAAUCUUACUGGUAUUGUUAAAAAAUGAAAGAAAAAUAGACUUCACUUUACAUUUUUUUGUUUUGCUUACCUUGCAAAUACAGUUUUUGUAAAAGUCG